AGUAUACUAUCUGGUGAUUGGCUGCAACAGGACAAGUAUCAGCAUGAAUGAAGUAGGUAAAUAAAUAACGCCUUCCUACAACCGGUGUGUAGUGAUAGUUUGGCUGUGGUUGUGGUUUCCAGGCCUAAUACAUCGAUCGAAGAUGCCCCCAAAGCGAAAGGCAGCAGCAGGAGCAAAGGCCAAGGGAGGUAAGAAGGUCAAGGUCGAAGAGCCUGCAGCCCCUGCAACCCUGAAAGAUGCGGCCGCCAAACUGAAGGCAGAGGACAAGAAAGUCGGCGGAAAGAAGUCCCACAAAGUGGAUACCUAUGUGCCUUUGGCAGCUUCUUAUACAGUCCUUGAUGAUUAUGACUGCAUGCUGAACCAGACAAACAUCGGUGACAACAACAACAAGUACUAUGUGAUACAGGUCCUUGAAAAGGGAGGCAACUUUUAUGCCUGGAAUCGCUGGGGAAGAGUGGGUGAAGCUGGAGCCAAUGCUAUGAAAGGGCCUAUAGGCAGAGAUGCAGCAGUUAAAGAUUUUGAAAAGAAGUUCAAGGACAAGACGCGCAAUAAAUGGGAAGAUCGCAGCAACUUCAAACCGUCUUCUGGAAAAUACACACUCAUAGAGAUGGCUGAUGAGGAUGAAGUAGACGCUCCAGCGGCAUCUGUAACUGUAGCAGCAGCAGCAUCAGGCAAGAAGACGGCCCCAUCCAAGCUGGAUAAGCCAACGCAGAGUCUUCUACAGCUGAUAUUUGACCACGACAUGUUUAGGGACACCAUGAAGAAAUUUGAUAUUGAUGUCAAAAAAAUGCCUCUUGGUAAACUGAGCAAGGGUCAGAUCGCCAAGGGAUUUGAAGUGCUGGACGAAAUCGAGAAGGUGUUGGAUAAAAAGAGCAAAGCCAAUCUUGCGACUCUCUCCUCACAGUUUUACACGGUGAUCCCGCACGACUUUGGGAGAAAGACUCCACCCGUGAUUAACACUCUUGAAGGCCUGAGACAGAAGAUGGACAUGCUUCUAGUGCUGGGAGACAUAGAGAUAGCACAGAGUCUCCAGAAAGAGAAGGACCGCAAGAUUGGGGAUGUGACGGGUGACACACUGCCCAACCCCAUCGACGUCAACUAUGGUCUGCUCAACUGUGAACUUGAGUAUCUGGAUCAGAAAUCACCAGAGUUCAAGGUGAUCCAGACAUACACAGAAAAUACCAGCGGAGGUUGGAGGAAGCCGAAGAUCAAAGAGGUGUGGAAGGUCAGCAGGAUUGGGGAGGACAAAAGGUUUGCAGAACACAAGUCCAUCACCAACAGAAAAUUGUUAUGGCAUGGAACGAGCGUUGCAGUGGUGGCGGCCAUUUUGAAGAGUGGGCUUCGUAUCAUGCCCCACAGCGGGGGUCGGGUGGGGUCCGGAAUCUACUUUGCCUCCGAGAAUGGAAAAUCAUCUUGCUAUGUGGGUACGAUUGGAACCAAAGGCAUCAUGUUUCUGAACGAGGUAGCACUGGGCAUGGAGCAUCAUGUGGAUACCAACCAGUCCCAUCUGAAGGCCGCACCUGCCGGGUAUGACUGCGUGAUUGCACAGGGAAAUACUGAGCCAGACCCUGUAAAGAACACGACACUCAAGUUUGACGGCCAGACUGUCGUGGUUCCCCAGGGCAAGCCAAUCCCCAACCCCGGCUGGAACCACAGCCACUUCAGUCAGAGCGAGUAUCUCAUCUACAAGGAGAGUCAGAACAGAAUCCGAUACCUGCUCCUAAUGGAGUUCUAGACUAGGGGCCCAUGUACAUUUAGCUUCAUAAGAUAUGUCAUUACUUAGGAUUAACUGAUAUGUCAUUACUUAAGAUUUACUGAUGUGUAAUAACUUAAGAUUAACUGAUGUGCAACAGUGUAUCUUUUAGUCUGCUUCUCAUAGACUUCUUGAACUGGUAUCCAUGUUCAUGUUGAUUCAUAAAGAUUUGUCAUAACUUAGGAUUCUUAUGUGAAACUGUGCAUUUUGUAUCCGCUUCUCAUAUAGACUUCUAGAACUGGAGCCCAUGUUCCUGUACCGUCAUAAAAAUAUGUCAUAACUUAGGAUUAACUUAUUAGUUUAAGAACUGGGGCCCUUGCUCAUGUAGCUGCAUAAAGAUAUGACAUAACUAAGAAUUAACUUAUGUGAAACCCAGCAUCUUUUAGUCUGCUUCUUAUAGACUUCUGGACUAGGGGCCCAUGUUCUUAUAGCUUCAUAACAUACAGGUAUGUCAUAACUAAGGAUUCAAUGAUGUGAGACUGUGCAUAUUUUAUUCAUGGUUAUUAUAGACUUGUAGACUAGGGGCCCAUUUUCAUAAAGCUUCAUGAAAAUAUGUUGAAACUAAAGAUUCAUUUCACCAAGACAAAUAAUAAUCUUGACAAUUAAAAUAUUCCUAAUAAUGUUGUAUUGUUUAUGAAUAAUCCUCAUCAGAUACAUGUACUCAUGUAGUAUAAAGUAUAAAUAAUUAAUAAGGAUAAUCGGUGUAUCUAUGACAUGAGUCCAAAAAACCCCGUACACAGUUUAUAGUCCAGAUUACCAUAAUAUUGUUUUGCAUUUAAUUGUUAGUCAUUUGUAAAAUGCUUUGUUAGGUUUAUCAUGUUAGUGUUUGCUUUUGUAAUAGUUAUUUUUAUGCUGUUUUCUUUAAAUCUUGUAACUGAAAGGGACUUGUUCAAAGAUUUUUUUAAAUUAAACAAAAUAUAAUUAACCCUUUCCCACUCAGAUACAUGUAUGCAUUUUUAAAUGUAUGUAGUCCCUUAGAAAAUCAAAUAACAUUAAAGACCUUUCUUACUAGAUCCAAGUUUGUAAGGCUUCAUGUCCAAACUUUAGAUAUUGGUGAUCAGCAAACAGCAUAAAACUUGAAAAAGGUUGCAAAACUUGAAAAUCUGUUCUGAUUUUGUUUUUAACUGUUUUGUUUUUUACAUUUACCCUGUGUCUAUUUCACUAUUUCCAUGUACUUUUAUUUAUUAUAUAUAUAUUUUUGUUUUGUUACUGUCUGUAUUUAACGUUUUACUAUUUCCCUUUGAUAUAUUUUAUUAGUUGUCUAUGUUUUGUUUAUUUAAUUUACAGGUUAAUACUGUUACUUAUAAUGUUAAGCUCCUUUACUUUCAACUCAGACUUUUACAAGUUUUGGAAAGUUAAACAUCAAUAUGAAGAGAUCCAUUCACAGCAUGCCUGUUUUUAACCAUUAAGUUGUGUCUUCAUUUGUAGCUUUUAAAAAUUUCAUUUCAACUUGCAUGUGUAUCAUUUUCUUGUUUCAUUUUUUGAAACCAAUAUAUAACAUGUUUAUUUUUUAAAGUUUUACUUAUUUUACAUCUAGUUGUAUUGCUUUCAAUAUUGCACUUUUGUGAUAGAAGGUUAACAGCGCUCAUUUUCAUACAGAUUGUAUGUUUUUAUUGUACUGUAAUAACCAUAUUUGCACGUUUGCAGUGAUUAAUUGCUUUUUUAUUUUGAGUGUUGAAAUAUUGAUAAUUAAAGAAAAAAUAUUCCAGA